AUGGGAGUGUGGGUUUGGGUGUGGGCUGGGAGUGUGGGUGUUUGGGUUGGGAGUGUGGGUUUGAGAGUGGGUUGGGAGUGUGGGUUUGCGUGGGUUUGGGUAUGGGUUGGGAGUGUGAGGUAUGUGGGUUUGUGUGUGGGUUUGGGUGUGGGUUGGGAGUGUGGGUUUGCGUGGUGUGGUGGAAGUGUGGGUUUGGGUGGGUUGGGUCUAAUUGUGAUGAACUCUUUCGUUGUUGCUGAGAACUCCCAUACCAUUCAAAAACGUAUGGUACGGGUUUUGGGGUGGGUUGGGAGUGGGUUGGGAGUGUGGGUUUGCGCGGGUUUGGGUAUGGGUUUGGGUCUAAUUGUGAUGCACUCUUUCGUUGUUGCUGAGAACUCCCAUACCAUUCAAAAACGUCAGGAAGUCUUCUCUUAG